UUCUAUCAGGGAGCACAGCUCAGAAAGCAGACUAGGGGCAUGGGGCCGACACGGGAGCUUCUACCAACCUUUGUUUAAAUAGGAAGGUGCUAUACUGCUGAGUGAAAUGUCUAAAAGGAUCACGUAUUGAAUAAGAAACCAACAUGAAAGUCCUGCUGGUUCUGAUUCUUUUAUCAGUGGAUGUUUUCUGUCGUAAAGACAAAUCAAAGCAUAAACUGCAAACGAAUACAUCUGAAUAUGUAAUUAAUCCAAAGAGUUUCCGUGGCCUUGUUUCUACUAAUGACUCACUCUUUAACAAUGUUAAAGAAAGUACGAAAAGAGCCACAAUGGACGUUAGUCGAAAUUCUGCAGGGUCACAUGGUAGUGGCCUGAAAGUGAAUAAUUCUACCAUGUUGUUCUUGAGGAGCCCAAUAAGUACUAAGCUGAUUCCAGUGAUUUAUACUGUGGUUGUACUUAUCGGUUUACCAGCCAAUGCCAUUAUACUAUGGAUGCUGUUUUACCGCGUCCGAUCGGUAUGUACAGCAAUAUUUUACACAAGUUUGGCUAUUUCAGAUCUACUUUUUUGCCUGAUGCUGCCAUUUAAGAUUGUGUACCAUCUAAAUGGCAAUCACUGGAUAUUUGGAGAAGCAAUGUGCCGAGCCACCACCAGUUUCUUCUACGGUAACAUGUAUUGCUCUAUCCUGCUCCUUACAUGCAUCAGUAUCAGCCGCUACAUCGCCAUUGUUCAUCCCUUCGUGUACCGGAGCUUACCAAAAAGAAACCUUGCAAUCCUAAUGUGUGCGCUAGUGUGGGUGACAGUUCUCAUGUACAUGAUCCCGUUUUUCACCACUAAACAGACCUAUUACUUGAAACAGUUGGACAUAAACUCCUGCCAUGAUGUUUUGGACUCUGCUGGGGGCACAUUUCAGUUCUAUUAUUUCUUGCUGUUGGCAGUAUUUGGAUUUCUGGUUCCGUUUUCUAUAGUCACUUUCUGUUAUUUCUCAAUCAUUCGUGCUUUGGGAACACAUGAUCAGAAAAGGUUCUGGUAUUUAAAGGUCACCAUACUUCUCCUUGCCAUAUUUUCAAUUUGUUUCACACCAAGUAACAUUAUUCUCAUUAUUCACCAAGUCAGGUUACAUUAUAGCAACACAGAUUACACCUACAGCUGGUAUUUGAUGGCUCUCUGUAUGAGUAGUUUAAACAGCUGCCUGGACCCAUUUCUCUAUUUCCUUAUGUCCAAAGUAACUAACCCAACUAAAAACUAUGUUACAAUUAUAAGACUUUGAGUUAUAGCAUACAAGCUUCAACUUGUCUGUAGUUUUAAUAUUUGAGAGUUAGCACCAUCUGCUGGACAGAUUUGAUUAUUUUCAAGUAGUUGAUACUUUGUUUCAGUUACCGUGGAAAUAAGAAAAAUGGAACUAGAAUCUAGUAUGCGUUUUAUUUUUUAUGUAGUGAUUCUAAUAGUGCCAAAUAAACAUUUGUAUAUAGCGCAAAAAUAUCAUGUAAUAUAUGAAAGUGCUCAUAUAUAAACUUUGAGAUGAAUCUAUUAAAGGGACACUGAUCCCAAUUUUUUUCUUUCAUGAUUCAGAUAGAGCAUGGAAUUUUAAGCAAAUUUCUAAUUUACUCCUUUUAUCAAAUUUUCUUCCUUCUCAUGGUAUCUUUAUUUGAAAAGCAAGAAUGUAAGUUUAGAUGCCGGACCAUUUUUUGUGAACAACCUGGGUUGUUCUUGCUGAUUGGUGGAUAAAUUCAUCCACCAAUAAAAAAAGUGCUGUCUAGAGUUCUGAAUCUAAAAAUAUAGUAUUUAGCCAUAGCAAAUUAUGUGAAAUAUGUACAGUAAGCAAAUAUACUUAGUUCAAUUUCAAAUACAGAAGAUAAUAUAAGAGUAAAAUAAAAAUACAAUUGGUCGUGGGCUCCUAUAUACUGGUCUGAUGCACAUAAUAGGCAGAUUUCCCAAUGAGCUGACAAUGUCUGACUUCUCAUACAGCUUUAUAACUAAUAUAUCUUUAUAUGCGCUCACUUCUUUCAGUCUCUCAAGCUAAUAUCUAUUACUUCUUUCCCACCAUUGCAUUUGUUCUUCCUUGUACUUAUUUUGCUAUUUUCAGACUACUAUUAGUUUAUUAGCUCUACAGACUCAGAGAAAAAAAUAAGCCUAAGAUUAAAUGAAAAAGUAAACACCUUUUAACUACUAGACAUUUCUGUUGUGUUGCUGUAGAAUAACUUAUCAACCAAGUCUAAACAUUUUUAAAACAAAUAUCGUGUUUGCUGCAGCUGUUUUUAAAUAACUAAACUCUACCCACCAUUUAUUUGCCUCAUUCGGAGGAGCCAAUCUGGGCUUGAGUCUGCAGACAAGUCUAGCCACAGUCAUUAUGUUAGCAUGAAGUGCAUUAUUUCGCAGGUGUCAUCUGUUAAAGGCAGUUAGGGAAAGUUAUGUAGUAGGGUUAGCCUUGAGAAGCCUAAAAUGUUCUUUUCAGUACUAAACUAAAUUUUCAGAGCUAAAUUACAUGAAAGGGGGGCAAAAUAAAUCAUGAACGUAUAUUGUAAAGAUUUUUACUUUGCGUAAAUGGUUUAUAUUAAUCUCAAAGUGUUGAAUGUCCCUUUAAGUGCAUUUAUAGAUCAUUUAUAUCUAGCCGCUUUUAUAUAGCAACCGUAUAUUUUAGCAGUCAGGUGCUGCAUUUUAUGUUAUGUGUAUUUUUAUAGGAUUAAAAUGACAUUACUUAUUAUUAUUUAAUUUGAACUUUGACAUAUAUGGUAUUCUAACAUUUAUUUAAAGUAAGCCUAAAAUAUCAAUUCUGAAUGUAUAUUAUGUAUCUCUGCCUGGUGCACAGUAAACAUAUUAUGGUGUACAAA